AUGUACCAUGCGCUGAUACGCACGCAUCACAUAACGUCGAGGAAAAAAGUUGCUCGCCUCAAGACAGCUGCAAAGACACACCAAUGUUUUGCGCUAUUGAGGUCAGGAGGCAUUCCUGGCGUAAUGUACGUCCGAGGGAACGAUCGCUCUCAGGUCCAGAAAUGGGUCGACACAGUCCAUGAUUUACGCUACAAAGACUACCAACUGAUGGCGCCUGUGGCAGCCGUUUCCGACUCCACGGCGGUCAAACAAGCUGCAACUGCCAACCUUGGGGCUUUGGAGGAGGUUGACACCGUCAAGGAAAUGGGAGCCCAGAUGGAGUUACGAGGGCUGCAAAAGUGGUGGCGCAUUGCCAUGGGAUUCGUGCAUGAAUAA